AUGAAAGAUGGUGCUUGUGUCGGUUUUGUGGUGGCUGCAAAUGUAGGUGGGGAAAGCUUGGAGGAUAUCCGGGAGCGCGCGGUCUUCUUCUUUUUGGAGGCUCUGGUUGGCGAAUUUCUACUGUCGCUGAAUUUGAAGGACUUCAUAGCGACGGCUGCCAUGGAUCAGCGGCGAGCCAUUGCCCGGGUUAGCGCCUCUGAGAGAGGCAGACGAGAGGAAGAGACCGGCGCAGCAUACAAACCUGAGUCAUCCUUAUCAUGUUCGUUAGCAAACGCGGGUCACACUGCGGGUACUGGCGGCCUCUCCAGCAGCAUGCCCGUGUUUCCCGCUGUUUCCAGCCAAACAAACCGUUAUAUUCCUGCUGGAGACGAAGGCUGCUGUGAACUGCUGAGGCCUUCAUUGGCGGUUCGGGAGUCUGCUUUCACGUCGACAGAACUUGGUGGAGGGGGCGGUGCGGACGCUUUGGGCCACAGAAUAGCGUCCUGUGCCGUCGAGCCGUUUUCCGUUCGAGAAGACCAAGCCAGGGGAAGUCGACGAAUGGACCAGCUUCGGUUCCAGGACAGGUAUUCAGUGGUACGAAACUCUCGUGCCUACACACCUGGCUCACAAUGUAAUUCAGGGUCGUCCACAACUCUUUCGCCUUCCGUCCAACUACCAGUAGUGGCGGGAGAUGUUGGAGGUGCCAAAACACAAUUCAAGUGGGGUUCGUCGAGAGACUCUUUGGCGAAGUCGCAACCGUCCGACAACAGCCCACCUACGGGUAACUGUCCGUCUGCAGCUGGCUGCCAACUGUCGAAGCAGAGGGAGCAAAGUUGCACAUGCUGCCACCGGCCGACCUUGGACUGUCGUUCUAUAGACCGUGGCGGUGACGAAUUUGCACAACAAAAAAAUCAGGAGACUACGGUAGGAGACCGUCAGUCGCUUCACGAUUCGAAGGCGUGGUGUGACCAUCAGUGUGAGGUAGCGAAUCAGGUUGGUGGAGGUUGUUUUGGGUCAAGUGCCAACCAAAACGGCACAGGGGGAGAUUUAGGCUUGACAACGAGGAGGUGCGAUGCUAUAGGAACCUUAAUGGGCAACAGCCGUCCCGCCUGGGAGGGUACAUGUCACUCACCUCGAGCUCCGUUCAUUACUCGGCCGCUAACAAACGACGCUACACCCUCCCCAAUAAAUGCUGUGCUUCCGCAGUCAGUCAAGGGAAGUCAAGCCUCGGAUCCUUCUGCAAAGGGUUCAGUUGGAUUGGCUCGAGAAGACGGUGGCCGUUGCCUCAGCGGUGACAUGUCUUCUUCGGUCAGCUGCAGUUUGCAUGUGAUGAACGACAUUUCCAUGGGUCAUCCUGGACAGCAAGGUGUAUCAUUUACAUCCUUCUGUCAUUCGCAGCCAGGUGAUUGUGGAACCGCAGCCGAUAAGCAGGUCGUCGUAUCUCUGGGGACACAGUCAGCACAGCCCGGAUUGGAGAGCGUUGUCAAUUCAGGGACAGGAAAACGACAGCGACGGCGGAGAAGGCGGAGGAAGAGGACUGAUGUAAUAGGCUCUCCGGAUGGCGAGGACGUUAAUGAGGACAACGGAUUACGUCAGGCGAAGGAUUCAAGACGGACGGCGUCCGCCGGUUGCUUGCCGAACAGUGCUGACGCCUACGUGUUCUCAGCAGAAUGCAUUACCAGAGACGUGGUACACCUGGGCGACGGAAGCCCAGACGGCGCUGAGGGGCCUGACGACCUGGAAGAAUUUGAAUUUGCAAGCGUUGCAUCGUGUGCAUCAAUGCUCUAUCAACAUGGAUUAACUACCGAUGAUGAACAUGAAUAUGGAUGCACACAUACUAAAACUAAGCUGAGCGAUCGGGCACACGAGCUCGAGGCCACUAACGCUGAACAGGCGGAGAUUCAGGCGGCUCAAAUGGAUGCAGUAAGCGAGGUAACAUUAACUAGUGAGGCGUGUUUCAGCACGAGGGUUGAACAGAUUCUUAAAGAAAGACAGGCUGCUGCCCGGCGCGGAACGCCGUCUGGCCUGGCGACGGCAGGGACGAGCGAUGGAACUGGAAAUACUGCAUCCGUUAAUUUGUCAGCGACCGCUGCAGUCCAGUCCCCAAAAUUUAACACUGAAGGAAUUGGUAAAGAUGAGACGCCGACGGAGCUGGGAAAGGGCAAAUGGAUGUGUUCAGUGCCGGAACCAUGUCGGCGUGCUGGUGAUGCAGGUUAUGUAGGAUACACAAGUGAAGCUGUUGUUGGAACAUUGACUGCCUUGGAGGACCAGGGUGUUACUCAUCUCGCGAGUGGGAAGGUGCCUGUCUGCAGCAGCAGCGGAGGAACUACUCAGGAAAGCGCAUCCCUUUCACUGACGACAGUGAAAUCCUCAAACGAGGUCUCGCAGAUGAAAUGCAUUGGGCGGAGUGCCGUUCUUUCCAGCAACGGAGAAGAAGACUCUGUUCGCUCCUCGCAUGGAUACGCUAAGCAUGGAAGUGGCGAAAUGCACACCACAUCUACGUUAACUGACGGCCAAAGAACAAUGUUUACACAGUUUUUGUUCUUCGAGGAAGGGCACAAGAUUUUCAGCCCUCGACAUGUGUUGCCCAAAAUGGGUGGGGAUCGGUUGCAAACACGACCGACCGACAGACGGAGUGAAAUACACGCCAGAGACACCAUGCCCACAAAAAUUAGUCAACUCGGGGAGCAUAGCGUGGCGGUCCUUAAGGAUCUGAGUGCUGUCACAGAGCGGCCGCAGCGUAAGUCUUCUGAGGACGGCUUAGGCUCUCAGCUGGAUGCACAGAAGUCAAGUUGCCCUCCUGCCGUUGCCCAAGGCGGCGAUGUCGUCGCUGAGGCUCCCCUCGAGGCCAAAGGAACGUGGUUGGAUCCCAAGAAUAUGGAUAUCAGCGGAGAACUACCAACGAGAGAUGCGAAUGCUCAACCAGACGAUGUAAACAAAAACUCAUCUGAACGCUUCUCUCGUGAUCCGGAUAAUCAAUCUGGUGCUAUGGAGGAACGACGACUUUCCACCGACGGCAGUCAGGGCAAUAUCGCUGUAGGACGUGCAACAGUGGAUGAUCAGAGUGGUCACGGGAACAUUGUCAACGCACCGAAAAGUACGGAGCCACGUAUGGUAGGACCGCGGUCUCGGGUUUUGUAUGACGGUGAAAACAGGAACGUCUAUGCCAGUCAGGUGGAUUGGUGCCCUAAGGAAGAGUCCCCUCGCGAUAUAACAGGGACUUGUGACUCAAAGGAGACGCCACUGCGGCAGAGAAAAGGAGAGCCAACAGUCAACGUAGGAAUAAAAAAGUGGGAGAAGGAGGAGCAAGACGCCUCGACUCUGAGUGGCUCACUCUCAUGGGGCAAAUAUGCACAGUGCAUGCAAAAUGAGUCCGAGUGCCUGUCAACUUCCACCCCAACAGGCGAUACCCCAAACGGGUGUGCUUUGUUGCCAAGCUACACUUCAUCGAACGAUGACGCGAACCACAUAAAUAAGCUAACGGAAGAGCCUCUCGUCUGCCGUUCUGCUGUUGAGGGUAGCCAGCCAAUGCGCGGAAAUACCUUUGAAGGAGGCAAGAAGCAUGGCGAGGGUAUCGCUGGCUCUCUGCUGCAAACAGAAACGGGCAGUGGGGUCUACGAAGGCAAACCAACGUGUGUACGUUAUCCGGGCUCCAACAAUGGAAGUUGCGCAGCGAGAUCUGAGCCGGAGUUGAAUGUUUUAAUCAGCGGACUCAGGAGCGACACGCAGGAAAUGGACCCUAUAAUCCACAUGACAGACUUCUGCUGUGACAGUGUUACUUCGGUAAAAUAUGGUACAGACAUGUGCGUGAAGGCAGUCUGUGACGGACGGAGCCGACAUUUCAAGGAGUUUUUAGAAGACAAAGAUGAUGGGGGUAGAGAGUGUCAGAUUCGGCCGGAACCGCAAACAUCUUUUGUGCGGGAUGAGCUGGCAACAAACCAGCUGGCGACCGCAGAGGAGCUAUCGACGUCACAGAAAUGCGUUCACGGAUACUUGGUUACUGAACCAUCUCUCGAACGAAGAAACGAGCUGUUGCACGUCGCAAGUUUCGAGGCCAAAGGGAGGGAUGGCUGGGUCCAGUCUCAGCGUGCACACGAUGAUGGAAGAGGGGCACCGAGGGAGACGCCUGCUCGUGGUCGUCCAGAACAGAGUGGCCGUAUUGACUAUGAGGAGCACUCUAACUCUCGCUUUCCUCUGUCCAUGUGGCAGUCAGCCGGCGCUGUGGAAGGAGUGUUACCGCGAAUCCAGAGUAAAUGCUGCGUACGCCGUGCGUCUUCUAUCCCCUCCCUCACAGCCUCGAACAAAGCAAUCCCUGGGCGACAACCUGCUGAAGGUGCGAAACCCUGGAUGGAACAGAAAUCACUGUCAAAAUGGCAUACGUUCGAACUACGCCGUGCACGCUCUUUCCCCGACACUAGAUAUUAUGCCAGCAGGGAAUCAGGAAUUCUGGCACUCCGUAUGUCGACUUCAUCCGUCUGCGAGUGUGCUUUCGAACGAGAAUCAUUGACGAGCCACGACCGACAAAAACGGGGCAGCAUUCGCAAUCCAAAGCAUGAUGGUUCGGAUAGCGGAACAGAGUUUGCAGUCAGGCACCAGCAGCCUUCUUCGGCUCUCAGGGUUUCCGCGUGUGGAGCCAUGUUACCUGCUGAGGAACGGAAGCUCCGUUCUGCUACCCGUCGUUGUCGGAGGCAGUGCGUAAGAACCGACACCACGAAGGACGACGCCGGUGUCGAGUUGCACGCCAACGAAACAAAACCUUGGGACAACCACCGCAGCGGAAACGGCUGUGGCAAGAACGCCAAUGACAGUACCACGACAUCGGAAAAGAAGACGGGAACCCUCAUGGCGAUUCGAAGGUUCGAAUGUAGGCAUUGGAGUGAUAGCUUGUUGGGUUCUUUGUUAGAAAGGAUAGGGCGCAGCCGCCAAUACAACGAAACAGGGGUGGAGGAGGCGUCUGCGUCUAGUGGGACCGAGGAAAUGGCACCUGAGUCCGAGCAUGUGGCUAAUCGCUUGUCCGAGGAGGCCGGUGUACCGUGUGGCAAGGACAAAAGAGGCGUCGCAACAGGGAUGAGUAGCACACGUAGCUCGAAGGAUAACUUCUGGAGUGACGGACAUGCACAAGUGUCACCGAGAGGUUACCGGGUUCUUCUGAUGAAAAGGACUGUGGCGCAGUGCGUAGCGGCUAGCGUGGCGUCCGGGUUGUGGUUGCCCCCUCUCUCGUCGCUUGAAGCGGGGUUUUCUGCGGCAGGCCGUCAAGGAAGGAGUCUACAGGCCGAUGCGGCGUCCGGAACAGUCAGUGGCAGCAUCGAGAAGGAGCGGGACGGUGACUCUUCGAGGAAUGGUUCCGUCGCAGUGCUAGUGAUCACGCAUGCAUGCGUCAUACGAGAGCUGCUGCAAGCUCUAUGCGGGCGUCGUUUUGGAAACACGAUUAAAGCGGGUAGCAUCACGAUACUUGACGUGUACACCAGGCGAACAGGAAACACAGAAUUGCGAAGAAGUGUCCGGCGGCGGCGAUCGGAAGCCUGGAUGUGGCUCACCGGCCGUGGUUCACAUGCUCAUCAGCAUAUGGGCGAUGGCCGCGAUCAAACGACUGGAACUGUGGAAAACGGACUUGACCACCAUGCAAGCACGUGCUGCAGCGUACACCCAUCAGACUUUGGUAGGAAUGAUGCCAAUAUGGCAGACGACGCCGAUUGGCGGCUUUCGGGCGACCCGGAAAUGUUAUCACGUGAACAGGGACAGGGGGAAGAGGCAGGCGACGCAGGGCCGCACGCUCAAGAGGCUGGUGAAGGUGAUGAUGUGCAAAUUGACACGAAUAAUACGAGCGGCGCAACCGCCUGUGCGAGCUCUUCACUCGUGGACGACAAUUGCCUCUCGAACAGUGGCCACCCGGAAUCCUUGACGGGAACUCGGGUUCAUGUUUUCAAAGCCGAUGUGCCGAGUUGCAGCGGAGAACGGAGUCGCGGUAAUACGGAGAAUCGGCCGCCAGGAGGCCUUUUGAACGAUAUUCAAUGUAGUGGCGAGCGCACACACUGCAAUGUGAGCCACGAUGAAAACGUCCAGAAUCGACGUCCCGAAAGAGAUACAGCUAGCAUGUCGCAGCAAAAUCAAGAUGAGUCUGAAAAUGGCAGCUUCAAUCAUAGCAAAACCGUGGCGGACGCAACUGUUUGUCAAUGUCAGAUUAAGAAUCUCGUGGGGUCUGGCAGCUAUGGGUCGAGACCUCAUGGUACAUAUUUGGCGAACCAUUCUCUCAGUGGUCGCGAAGAAUCCCUUGCCGAACUAAGUGAUAUCGACGAGGAGGAAGUUGAUUUGGAUCACGGAGAUUUGAGCUUGCUGGCUGCUCCGUACAGAAGCAAGAGACUUUUCGCGAGUGAACAAAGAACAGAAGCAUUGGAUGCCCUUUUGUCAAGAGUCCAGUGCUGGGUGGAGGUAUUCAACAAGAAAGAGUAA